UUUCGGCUGCAUGUUACGCGGCGGGAGAGAGAGAGAGCAGCGCGAUGGUAGAGAGAGCAGUGCAGCGAGAUGGGAGAGAGAUAGAGUAGCACGGCGGGAGAGAGAGAGAGAGAGAGAGAGAGAGAGAGAGAGAGAGAGAGAGAGAGAGAGAGAGAGAGAGAGAGAGAGAGAGAGAGAGAGUUGCGCGAUGGGAGAGAGAGAGAGUAGCGCGAUGGGAGAGAGAGAGAGUAGCGGGAUGAGAGAGAGAGAGAGAGAGAGUAGCGAGAUGGGAGAGAGACGGAGUAGCGCGGCAGGAGAGAUAGAAAAGCGCAGCUGGAUAGAGUGUGUAGCGCCGCGGGAGAUUGUAGUGCGGCGCGACAAGAAAGAGAGCGAGGUGGAAAGCGGAUGAGAGUUGCGCUGCGAAAGAGAAGG